AUGGCGACUCCAAUUCCUACCAUCGGGGUUGCUUCGAUAACUGCAUCAAUCCGUGAGCGCAAGGAGGUGAGGGACCUGAAAGAGGACACGGUUAUGUGGGAGCUUUUUCUUCUGGGACUCCUCAAGUUCCAGAAGGAUGCGAAAGAGCACACGUCCUACUACGACAUCGCCUGCAUCCAUGGCGCGCCAUGGGAUGUCGCGUGGAACGGGGUAGACCGCAAGCUCAUGGGAAAGAGCGGCAAGAAGAGUGGCGGUUACUGCUCGCAUUCUUCCAACCUGUUUGCCACCUGGCAUCGACCAUACGUUGCCUUGUUCGAGGCUAAAUUGUACAAACAUGUCCAGGACGAAGCCGAGCGGCUCCAGAGAGAAACCCACCGUCUCGACCUGUUAGAAAAGGCGCGAGGCUUCCGGCUUCCCUACUGGGACUGGGGAGUCAAGAGCGGAAAAAACGCGCAAGAAGGCAGAUUUCCCCUUGCCAUCUUCGGGGAGAAGAAUAUCAGGAUUACUAUCGACCCGAAGCAGCAUGAGAUUCGGAACCCCCUGGCAGCCUUCUAUCGAUUCGAAAUCCCGGGGAGCCAGGAAAUUGCUGCAAGGAUGAAUUUGGAUCCUUUUAAGUCUGAGGAAUUCACCCUGAGAUAUCCCGGGCCUCCGCCGAAGUUAGCAUCUCAGAAUUCAGAAGUCCAAAGGGCACUUGACAAUAUUGGGCCCAUCGGUUCCCAGAUUUCGGGACUGUUUGCAGUUAAAGCAAACAGGGGAGAAAGUGAACUUACCCCUGAGCUCGACUUCAACGUGUUCGCGACGAACAAAAUGGUAGGGAGUGGUGCUGCACACUAUCCCAGCCUUGAGAGCUUGCAUGACACCAUCCACAUAAUUGUGGGCAGCGGGGGCCACAUGAACAUCCAAGCUUACGCAGCGUUUGAUCCCAUUUUCUGGCUUCACCAUUGCAAUGUCGACCGCCUGCUUGCGAUCUACCAAGCGCUGUAUCCAAAGAACUGGAUCAAGGAGUGGAAGGCUGCAGGGAAUGCUGCAGGGACCUUCACCACGGACUUUGGCGACGCUCAGAACGGCAGUACGAAGCUGUACCCUUUCUGGGAUAAAUCAGGAAAGCUGGACUCGUUUUGGACAUCUGAUGGUGUCAGACUCACGACAACACUCGGCUAUACCUACCCAGAGACCUCAGACACGGUGCGGCAACAGCAGGGGACAAACUACACCACGUGGCUCCGCCGUCGGAUCAGUGAGCUGUACCCGGUACCGUCUCAAAUGCGUCGAAGAAUCCGGGCAACAGAGGCCCCUGUGUCCUUCAUGGCUGUCCAACCCGAGCCUAUCCUCAAAAUCGACAACCCCGGAGAAGACAACCUAGCCAGCGAGGGCAUUUCCGUCACUGGGAUUGCAGCAGAAACCACCUCCGAAGCCAUCACCACCGCGGAGUCUUCCAAGCCGGAAUACGACGAGUCCACAUUCACGCUGUGGACAGCCAACAUGCGCGCCGAGAAGCACGUCCUCGGGCAGCCGUACAGCGUGUACAUCUUCUUACGAGAUUUCCCUGCUGAUCCCGCCACGUGGGAUCUCAACCCCACCACGGUCGGUCUCGUGGCCAUCCUAGGACAGAGCCAGGACACGGGCUGCGCCAAGUGCGUCACCGACAUGGCGGAGGGUUUGUGCGUCACGGGAACAGUGUCGUUGACGGAGGCUCUGGUGGAUGCGUACAACCUGGAUGACGGAAACGAGGAGAGACUGACAAGUCUGGACAAUGAUGAUGUGGCUAAUUAUUUGAAGCGGCAUCUCCACUGGCGAGUGUUGCUGGCCGACAAGACAGAGGUGCCGCGGGAUCAGGUACCGGGACUGAUGGUAUGCGUCUCGGCGGUGAAGGUCACGCUGGACGAGGAUGGAUUGCCAGUCUAUGAUCCGGAUCAUCGCGUGUACUACAGGGUCACGGAUGGGAGGCCGGCCGGGUUGAACCGAGGAGAUGAGGUCUGA